CUUGGGUUUCUGUUUUUGUCUUUGAUACGUUUGUGUAUGGUAGUGAGAUUUUGAACCAUCUCUCACUGGUAAAUGUGAUAUUACCUCCCGUUUCGCCACUACUCAUGGGGGAUUCUAAGGGCCCGUCAUCGGCCAUGCUGUCCGUCGGAGCAAAGAGCAUAGCCGUUAUAGGGGCUGGUCCUUCUGGGUUAACAGCUGCAAAGUAUCUUCGCGCAGAGAAGGCAUUCUCUAAAAUUGCCUUGUUUGAGCAACGCCCAAGAGAUGGCGGCAUCUGGAACUACACAGCUGAUGAUAGAAACGAGGAUUUAUUCACAGUGCCUCAAACGAAUCCCUAUGGAAAAAAUCAAGACCCAAUCUGGAAACAGGCGUUGGCCAAUGUCAACGGCGCUUCGAAGGGGUCAACAUUUGUAUCUCCAAUGUACGAAAGACUCGAGACGAACAUCCCGCGAGGGCUGAUGGGAUUCAAAGACCUUGAUUGGCCGAAAGACAGUCCGCUUUUUCCCAAGCACCAGACCGUGCUUAGGUACAUCGAGGAUUACGGCAAGGACGUCGAAGAUACGAUUCGCUACUCCACUCAGGUAACGGAGGUUGUUCCAACAAGUGACGACCCAGGCAGCGCGUGGUCCGUAACCUCUCGCGACUUACGCACUUCCACCACCACAAACGAAACCUACGACGUUGUGAUAGUAGCAAACGGACACUUCAUUACGCCUUAUAUUCCGGACAUCCCCGAAAUCGCGAAGUGGAACAAGACCCAUCCGAAUCUGAUCUCUCAUUCAAAGUACUACCGUCGUCCCGAAGAGUUCAAAGGCAAGAAAGUCAUAGUUGUUGGUAAUUCAGCCUCUGGUGCCGAUAUCAGCAACCAAAUCGCCGAGCACUGCCAACUCCCACUGCUCUGGUCUAGCAAGUCCACCAAUCUCUUCGUCAGCGCUACACCCACCGAUCUACGACGGCGCGAACUACCACAGAUCACACGCUUUGACCCCUCAACACGAGGCGUGAAGUUCUCAGAUGGCACAUUUGUUCAUGACGUCGACGCCAUCGUUUUUGCAACAGGCUACUUCUAUAGUCUCCCCUUUCUCUCGGCCGUUACCCCAAAACUGAUUACAGACGGCAGCCACGUCAACCACACGUACAAGCACCUCUUCUAUGUGCCAAAACCAACACUAUCUUUCCUCGCGCUACCACAACGAGUCAUACCCUUCCCCGUCGCAGAAGCUCAAGCCUCGGUUCUGGCACGCGUAUAUUCGGGCCGCAUCUCCCUGCCGCCCCUUGAUGAGAUGCAGAAAUGGGAAGACGAGCAGAAGGCAGAAGCGGGUGAUGGACGCGCAUUCCACUUACUCCACUUCCCAAAAGACGGGCAGUACAUCAACGAGCUAUCCGCCUGGGCACUCAGCGCGACAACCAAGGCGGAGUUAGAUAAUGACGGUAAAGGAAUGGUGCCGCCGGUGUGGGGUGAGUGGGAGUUCUGGUGCCGCGAGAACUUCCCAGCUAUACGACAGGCGUUUAGCAAGCUUGGGGAGAAGAGGGCCGAUUGUAGAACGUUGGACGAGGUAGGGUUCAGUUUUGAAGAGUAUAAGCAAAACAAGGUCAAGGAAGACGAGAAGUUGAUUUGAAAUAAGUUCACAACAUGCAAUAAGGAAAUUCAAAGUCGGCUUAUUGCUGUGAUUCUCACGAGUAGAAAUACUCUAGUUUCGUGGAUCACAAUGCGUAAUGUCAAGAUGUACGUACUCCAAGGCGAGUACAAACCAUUGCAACAUACGAGCAAAAACGGCCCCUUCUACCCCUACAAAGCAGCUAGUAGACACACUACUAGAGCCUUGCGAUACGAACUAUAUGCAUCCUAUUGAGGAAUCUUGUAUAAUUUCACAGACUUCCGCAUCGAAAAUCUUGUCGAGAAAGUUAAAUCGGCAAAUGCACUUGGUCUCUCGCUCAAGCCUUUCGACACGGAUCGCACGAUAAGUAGCCGCACCUGUUAUUGAUACGGUAGAAGGUGGAAUGAUGAUAAGACCCAUCGAAUUGG